UCAAUUUUGCAUGGCGGACGUGCAAGUGGGUUCUGUUAUUUGUUGGUGAUAAUUUCAAUUAUUAUUUCUUUGAGAUUCCUUAUGGAAAGGCAAAUUUUCAUGUUACUUUUUCUUUGUGGACGUGCUUUAUUCAUCCCUUAACGUUGGAUAAUGUUAAAGUGUUAGUUUUUGUUAAAAUAGUGAGAACUGCAUAGGUUUUUCUCAAAAAUGGGAAAAUGUGACGAAGCUAAUGUCGAAGUUAGUAUGGGGGACUCGGCGUCCCCCAUGAAACCAGAUAAUUUUACAUUCACCGUGCCUCCAGAAGCCCCUGUCUUCGAACCAACACCAGAAGAGUUCUUGGAUCCUCUGGCGUACAUCAGUAAAAUAAGACCAAUAGCUGAAAAGUCGGGGAUUUGUAAAAUAAAACCCCCCGCGCAUUGGCAGCCACCAUUUGCGGUUGAUGUCGACAGGUUACGGUUUACACCCAGGAUUCAAAGAUUAAAUGAAUUAGAGGCUAUAACACGGGUGAAGUUAAAUUUCCUGGAUCAAAUCAUCAAGUUCUGGGAACUACAGGGCUCAGUAUUGAAGAUACCAACGGUUGAGAGGAAACCGUUGGACUUAUAUGCAUUGCAUAAAAUUGUUAAAGAGGCUGGUGGUUUUGAAGUAUGUUCAGCGGAACGGAAAUGGUCGAAGAUAGCUCGCCGCAUGGGUCACCCCCAGGGCAAAGGCAUCGGCUCGAUACUGAAAAGCCACUACGAACGGAUCCUGUAUCCGUACGAUGUUUUUAAGAACAAUGGAGCGGUCGGUGAUAAUAAGGAGACUAAAAUCGAAGUGAAAACUGAACAAACACCGGAAAAGGUGAACGCUCGCAGUCGCUCCGCGAGCAAGGGCCCUGCGGCGACUCCGCCCCCCGGCCGCCGGUACAAGAGCUCGGAGCCCGAGCCCGCGGAGGGCAGCCACACGGAGGGCGCUCUGCCCGGUGCUGAUGAUAAGAAGACACCGAUCAAGGAGGAACCUAUUGAGACUAGGCGGAGUCCGCGCGAGAACAAAUGGAUGUCCAGUGCCGCAAGUUGCGGCGCCCGCGCACGUGUGCUCCGUUCGACGCGUCUGCGCGAACAUCGCCUCAGUAACAUGACGGUGUCUGUGACGCCUGCACCGCCCUGCGCUACUUUGAGACCGGAUGAUCCGCUCGCAAAAUACAUGUGCCACAUAUGCGGGCGCGGUGACAUAGAGGAGCAGAUGCUAUUGUGCGACGGCUGCGACGACUCGUACCACACGUUCUGCUUAGUGCCGCCAUUGGCCGACGUGCCGAAGGGCGACUGGCGAUGUCCCGUGUGCUUGGCUGAGGAGGUAUCAAAACCGACGGAGGCUUUCGGUUUCGAGCAAGCGUCGCGCGAAUAUACGCUGCAGCAGUUUGGCGAAAUGGCUGAUCAGUUCAAAUCGGAUUAUUUCAAUAUGCCUGUACAUAUGGUUCCAACAUCAACGGUCGAAAGGGAGUUCUGGCGGGUUGUAUCAUCACUAGAGGAAGACGUGACAGUCGAAUAUGGAGCCGAUCUGCAUUCUAUGGAUCAUGGAUCAGGUUUCCCGACAAAAUCUAGCGCACACUUAUAUCCCGGCGAGCAGCAGUACGCCGAGUCCAGUUGGAAUUUAAAUAACCUGCCCGUUCUGGAAGGUUCCGUGCUCGGUCACAUCAACGCUGACAUCUCUGGCAUGAAGGUACCAUGGCUAUACGUCGGCAUGUGCUUCGCCACUUUUUGCUGGCACAAUGAAGAUCACUGGAGCUAUUCAAUCAAUUACCUGCAUUGGGGCGAACCGAAAACAUGGUACGGAGUACCCAGCUCCAAAGCUGAACAGUUCGAAGCGGCCAUGAAAGCAGAAGCUCCAGAGCUGUUCCAACUGCAACCAGAUCUGCUGCAUCAGCUCGUCACCAUCAUGAACCCCAAUGUGCUGAUGAAGGCUGGAGUACCCGUGUAUAGAACGGACCAGCACGCCGGCGAGUUUGUGAUCACGUUCCCGCGCGCCUAUCACGCCGGCUUCAAUCAAGGAUAUAACUUCGCUGAAGCUGUCAACUUUACACCAGCCGAUUGGUUAAAAAUGGGCCGCGAGUGCAUAGCCCACUAUUCGACGCUGCGCCGCUACUGCGUGUUCUCGCACGACGAGCUCGUGUGCAAGAUGGCGCUCGAGGCGGACUCGCUCAGCCUCACCGUGGCGCUCGCCGCAUACAGGGACAUGCGCACCAUGCUGCACGACGAGCGCAAGCUGAGGAAGGCGCUCUUGGAUUGGGGUGUAACAGAAGCUGAGCGGGAGGCGUUUGAACUAUUACCUGAUGAUGAACGCCAAUGCCACCUGUGCAAAACUACGUGCUUCCUAUCGUGCGUUACAUGCCCGUGCACGCAGCUGGUCGCGUGCCUGCGACACUUUCACCAGCUGUGCGCAUGCGCACCCUCUGCGCAUAAACUCAGAUACCGCUACACGCUCGACGAGCUACCCGCAAUGCUGGACAAGCUGAAACGCAAGUCGGAGCAGUUUCGCGAGUGGGCGGAGGCCGUGCAGAACGCGCUAGACCCGGACACGCCCAAGACCUGUGAUCUGGAUGGAUUGCGUGCGCAUUUGAAGCGGGCACACGAUCUUAAGAUGCACAAAACGGAGCUAGUCCGCGCGCUCGAAACGGCCAUAGAGGACGCGGAGAAGUGCGCGUCAGUGAUACAGCAGCUGGACCUGAACAAGAUGCGCACGCGCACACGCCACCACGACCCCAAGUACAAGCUCACCAUACACGAGCUGACGCUGUUCGCGGCCGAGAUCGACGGGCUGGCCUGCGUGCUGCCAGAAGGCUCAGCGGUGAAAGAAGUAUUGCGACAAACUGCCGAGUUCGAGGAUCGAGCCACGGAACUACUUAACGGUGAUUUGGAGGAAUGUGAUUCGUCAUCAGUCAGGGAGUUGGAAGAAGUGGUAGAAUUGGGCUCUCGUCUAUGCAUAGUACUCCCUCAAUUACCCGCGCUACAAGCUCGACUCCAACAAGAGAAGUUCAUCGUGUCUGCGCGGGAGCAUCGUGACGAUUGCGCAUCACUAACGCCGGAUAUUAUCGACAAACUGCUGCAAGAGGCGGCUAGUGUUGUGCCGCAUCGACGUGUCGAGGUGGAACGCGCUACGCUGUAUAAGUUGAAAUUGCAAGUAGAAGACUGGGAGCGUCGCGCCAAAGCAGUCCUUAUCGAUACAACCCCGCCCAAAGGGAGGGAGUCUAUCGAUGAUUUCGACAAGACGCACACAACACUAGCGGAAUUAGAUGCUUUAUUGGCGGAAGGCGAUGAUAUAGAGGCGGCGUUGCCAUCGCAACACGCGCUCAAAACUGCCGCCACUCACGCUAAGGAUUGGUUGUCUAAGGUGGAAGAAAUGCAAUCAAAAGAACUGUACCCGUACAUGCACAGCGUGGAAGCGUUAGUUAAACGCGCCAUGCAGAUACCCAUAUCGUUAUACGAGAAAGAUCAACUUGCAGCCGCGCUGCAAUCCGCUAAGGAGUGGAAACGCGGCGCUGCCGAGAUGUUUAUGAAAAAGAACUGGCCGUACACGCUUCUAGAAGCACUAUCACCGCGCACAGAAAGCACGCCAACGAGCACGAGCCGCAAGCGAGCACGUGACACGUCAGAAGAGCCGCCAUUGUUGAAACACUUUAGCGAAGACGCCACGCCCACUGAGAUUGUGGCCGCUUUCAAACAGGCGGAGUUGAGAGAACUAGCCGCUAUCAAGGAGCUGAGAGCUAAAAACAUGCGCAAAGAAGUGCGUUCCCCUCCAACCGCCGGUGUGACGUUCUGCACGUGCCAGAAGCGACAGUACGGGCUGAUGACGCAGUGCGAACUGUGCAAGGACUGGUUUCAUGCGUCGUGCAUAUCAACAUCACGUGACGAUCGCGAGGAACGUGACGAAUCACCGGAACGAGUUGAACUGCCGUUCCCGUGCGCGGACGCAAAGUUCCUGUGUUCAGACUGCACGCGCACUAAACGUCCGCGUUUACACCGUAUACUGGCACUGCUGGUGUGGCUACAAAAGCUACCCGUCCGUCUCGCGGAGGGCGAAGCCCUACAGUGCGUCACGGAGCGCGCGAUGGCCUGGCAGGACGCGGCCCGGGCUGUACUCGCGAGCCCCCAGCUGGCGGCCUACAGGACGGAUAGACGGGAUGGAACUGCGCCACGGUCAUCAGCGAGCGUAGAGCACGCGUACAGUGCGUCACCGCGCUCGCCGAGCAAUCGAGCCACGCCUUGCAUUCUGCAGAAAUUAGAGGACAUCAUGUUAGAGGGAGAUUUACUGGAGGUGCGACUAGAAGAGCAGGCGCAGAUCUGGAGCGCCGUUUCCGCAGUGCGGGGCGCGGAAGGGCGCCGUGGAGGGCGCGUGCUGGAAGCAGGGCGCCGAAAGCGGCCCCAUCAGCCUCGUCAUCACCAGCAGCUCAAGCGGAGCCGCCCGCACGGCACAUCAACAACGAAGACGAGCAUAAAGCGCGGCUCCACAACAACAACCAACUACCUGAACAGGAAGCAGGCGCUGUCAGCAGCAUCAGGGCUGAUGAUGCGCAAGCACUACAUGGCGCGACAGGAGAGGAGGAAACGCGGCAAACAUCCUCGGCAUACGAGAUUAGGUCAAGCGCGCGGUGGAUCAAGCGCGGGUAACAGCCGAGGUCGGGCGGAAACAGCGUCUCGACGCAGCAGCACAUCAUCACCGUCGUCCGCUGAUGAUGACGAGGAUUGCGCGGCCGCUGAUUGUUUGAGGCCUACUGGGAAAGUGGACUGGGUUCAAUGUGAUGGCGGUUGCGACCAAUGGUUCCACAUGCACUGCGUGGGGCUUAGCCGGGGUGCGUUACGUGAAGACGACGACUACGUGUGCGGCUCUUGUGCGCAACGCAGAGGCGACCGUUCUGACCGACAGCCGGAGCGGCACUGAGCGCGCUGCUACCCCCCACUCUUAUAUACCUGCCGUGUUGACGUUCUAGAAUGGAACAGCGCAUGCGUGAUGACGUCAUCUCGCCAUUUGAAAGCGUUCUAGAACAUUCGGUGCGACGCACGCAUAAUAUUAUAUGAUCUUGAUCUCAGUGAGCGUCACUGAAUGUGUUAACAUCGCGUAUACAUUUAUAUAUGACCUAUUAUGAAAAUAUUAAGAAUUGCGCAUGCGCAGUUAAAGCUCUUAUAUGGAUAUGAUAUUCUACAGAUAUUGACAAUUAUCUGGAUUCUAGUAAAAGAUCCGGAUUCAAUCAAUUUGAUGUUCUACAACUAUGUCAUCUUUACUUAAUUAAAAUGUAUAUGGAACCCAAAUUCAUGUUUAUAUAAACAAAAAAUACAGGGAUCCGAAUUACAAGUAUUUUUAAUACUUUUAAUACUGAAAAUAUCUUAAUAGAUGUCGCUAAUAAGCAAGUGAACAAAGACCAACGCAUUUUCUAAUAGAAUUUUUUGGAAUUUUCUAGAACGUUCAUUGAUAAAUUACAAAAAAUAACAUUAAAAGAUUGUGUCUAUGCACACAAUUCACACGGCCUAGAUUCACAACUCUAUACAAUAAAUUACAAAUUCUCAUGCAAAAUUUGUUUUCUAAAACUUAAAAAUACGUCUAUGUGUAGAGAUGAAUCACUAGGCUAAUGAUAAACAUCUGAAUUAAAUAUAAAACUUAUUAUUGUACAUCGAUAUUAUGUAUCAUAAUAUAUUGUGAGUUCAAUGUAUAAUGUGUUUACAUUUAUUGAAAGUUUAGAUAGAGACAUACAUCUAUUUUUCUAAUCGCAUCUUUGAUACAGCUAUCUCUUUCUAUCGCUUACGAGUUUCAUAAACUAAAACGAGAUGCAUAGCGUCAGUAUUGACAAAAUAGUGCUAUCUCGCUCUAGUGUAUGGAGUUUUUGGGUGUUGGAAAGAGAUAGCGUUAUAUGCGAUGUUAGAAUAGCUUGGCUGUCUAUUCUCAAACAGGAAUAUGUAUAAGAUUAAGGACUUAACACUGUGAUUAUAAAUUCUAACGAACACAUAAAUUCAUCACAACUUAAAAAAAAUAUAAUAAAUUAUUUUUUUGUGUGUUCGAUAGAGUUCACACGACAUGUGUAAAGAUAAUAAAUAAUAAUAAAUGUAUUUUUAAAUAUAUUUUUAAUUUAAGUACGCGUUAGUGUUGAUCAUGAACAAAUAAACGAAUUGAUUCUGCUUUUUAUAUAAUUAAAUUCGUUUUUCAUUUUACGAUAAAAUAUAUUAACAUUCGCUUGGAUGCGAGCACAAAUUUAAUGUGUCGUUUAUUAGUUUUGUAUCAAGUAUGAUAAUGCUUAUUUUUUAAACGGAUUACAGUUUUUAAUGCCCUUCUAACGUUAUUGUUUUUCUCUCAAAACAUUUAUCGAUAAAACACAAUCGUCUUGUAUUUAUUGGUUGAUGGAUAGAGGACCAAAUUCUGUCGUAAAUACAUAAUUUUGACUUCCAUUCGUAAUGUAUUUUAUUUUGCUACAAAUUCGUACCUGGAGAGAUUAUUCCAGAAUAUUUAUAUAUAACAACGUUAAAAACCCGCAGUCAUCAAACUCAUUUCAAAAUAUUUAUCACUUUGUCAAAGUAUAUCGCAAAUGUCACAGCCAAUCCAUACCAUAAUAGCGUUAUUUAUUGUGAUGAAUUUAUUUUUUUUAUAUUAUUAUCAUCAUUUUUCUUGUUAAAGAACCCACUUUGCAAACUUUAUUUAAUAUUAAUAUAUUAAGCUUCGAAUCAAUAGACAAAUUGAAUUAUACAACUAUCUCAUUCGCACUUAUACGAGUGAGUGAGUUAGAAUACGAAGGUAAGCGAGAUAGCAUGAUCUCGAUUGUGUUUUUCAACAUUCUAUUGAUUGUUUCAUUACAUAUGAAUUUUACUUUUUCAACAUAAAACUGGGAUAUAAAAAUAUAUUAAAAUUAUUUAUUCGCGACCGAACCCCCUUUUUUAUUUUUACGCAUGCAUAUUUUGAUGUCAGUAGAACAAUUUUACAGAAAUGAUCAUAAAUAAAUGUUUUUUGAUAGUAAAUAAAGUAAUCAAAUAAAUUAAUCAAUUUUUAUCUAUAUUGGUGUUUAGUCGUUGAAGGUUUAAUUCGUUACAUUGAUGUUAGUAGCCGUGUCCCAUAGAGAGAUUCAAUAGUCAAAUCUUGAACUCUAUGCUCUAUGAAAUAAAGUCUUUUUGUCUCAAAAAUAUGUAAUUUUUAAUCUUUGUGUCUGACUAAGGGUGGGUUUGGAAUAAUGGAGAUUUUUUAAUUAGGUCUUUUACCACGCAAAAGCGACUUUCUAGUAAAAUCAAAAUUAUUAAAUUAAUAUUGAGUAUACGUACAGUCUGAACUCACCCUUAUAUCAUCGUUUUUUGAGAUGAAUUCAAGCGUUUUCAAAUAUUGCGUGGAAAAAUGAACUUUAUUGUCAAGUGAUAAAGUUCGGUAUUGGCUUUAGCGGACGUGAUUUUAUUGAUAAAAUUGUAAAAAUUCGUCCAAAGGUUUAGGAUUAAAGACAUUGGACUUGGGUGGUGGUCGGAGCCAAAUUAUUGAAAGUGUUCAAAAUUUUGUAAAGAAAACAAAUAAAAAAUAACGACUUGAAAACGCUUUUAGUGAAACCUUAUGAAGUUAAAAAAAAAUUGUAAAUAUUUUUCAAAUGUUAGAUGCAAAUUUUUUAUGUGUAUUUUAGAAUUGGACUUGUGAAUUUGAGUGUGUGAUCAUUGUCUGAUAUGCCGAUAUACAUCUUCAUAGGAAAUCUUCAUCAGUGAUAUGUGGAUAAUUAUUAUUAUUUUGUUAUGGAGUGUACGCCGAGACUUUGUCAUGUUGUUAAAUGUAAAAACGAUGAAAUUGUCCGAUAUUUAAAUCGUAUCUUGAUGUAUUAUUUGUAAGGCUUUUUAGAUUUAUUUUACUUUGGCCCGAUUUCUCAAUCCUUGGUUAAAACUUAUCCGUCCAAUAAAGUAUUCCACGAUAAUAUUAAAAUGUCACCAUUAAACUGGCAAAUCAGAACAAUAAUAAAAUGCAUUUUUGAAAUGUUAGUUUAAUACGUUAUCCGAAGAAUAAGUUUUAACAAACGAUUGAAAAAUCAGCCCUUAAAUGCUUCAUAUGAAUUAAGCUGUGACUUUAAAUUAUUUUUCUAGCCCGUUAGAUAACAUUUUGGACUGUGACUAGAUUAUCUUUCACAAUUAGGUUUCGGUUGUUUUUAAAUAUACGUGUUGUUGCCAUGGUUCGUGAAAUUGGGGAAUUUGUUUUACCUGAGUUUUACGAAUGUGUGAGAGGACAAAGUUUGAUACAAUUUCAAAGUGUCGCAUAUCAUAAAGGAAAACAGGAUUCGAUGUUAUUGGUCUAUACGAUGUUGUGAUCAAACUGGGCCUUAAUCUAAUUCGUAUUGAUAAUGCUUUUCUCUAAAGCAUAGCGUAAAGUUGCGUUGUAUUUUCAGACAUUAUUGUUGACUGACUGUGGAUGAUUGUGUGAUGCAUACUUAUGUAUUGCGUUCAAUGUUUAUUUUUAUUGUUUCCAAUUCUGCGUUCUAACAUCGAUUGCGUAAUCGCAUCGCGGAUAUUUUUAUUCAUUUCACAAAUUGUUUAGAAUUAUUUAUAAUAUAUGUAAUAAUUUUUAUAAAUUGUACACUUGUAGUUUCGUUCCUAAUUUAUAUAUAAAUAAAUAUCAAGCGAAUGUGAACUUUAUGCUAUGCACGUUAUUAACAAAUUGUAAAAGUUUCUGAUCUGAUGUUAAACUUUAUAUUAGGGUGCGAAUGGCGUUGUACAGAACUACAGUAGUUAAGUGUCGUGUGUGCAACUAUACGGGGAGGGGCGUGUAACAUAUGUCUAUAAGUGAUUUAGUAAAUGGUAAGAUGUUAGAUGUGAUUAUAAUAGGCCCAUUCGCCGAGUAUGGUUGGACACGGCGACGGUUAUUGUGUACCAAAUAAUAUAGAAAAUUAUUAAAUA